AUGCCGCCCGCGAGGCGGCUGCUGGGCCCGCCGCUCUUCCCCUUCGCGCCUGCCGGAGCAAUGGCCAGGGCUCGCCCACCAGGCCGGGGUGACGCCUAUUCGGCCUUGGCGGGCCAGCAUUCGGGGAGCGAGCGGCGGCCGCACUGCGCUGCUUGGGUCAUGGGCGCCCCCUUGCUGGCAGCUCGCUCUUGCCUCCUGAGCGGACUUCUGCUGGCAGCCGCAGCGCCGAGCCACGGAGCGGACGCAUGUCCUUCUUUGGCUUGGAUUUUAUUCGAAAGGAGCUGCUAUGCUUUGCUUCCAGGACCAUUGGAGACACGCAGCAUUGAAGAUGCCAGGGAAUACUGCAGAGGCAAUGCAUCAGGAGCAGAUAUUAUCAGCAUAAAUAACAAAGAGGAGAAUACUUUCAUCAAAAACAGUUUCUGUUCCCAUUGGCAUGGACCUGAAUAUAUAUCGUUGGGCAUGUUUUUUGACACAGAUGAUGAUGAUUUCAGAUGGUUCGAUGAUUCAGAAGUUAGUUUUACAAACUGGAUGGAGGAGGAAAGCAACACAGAGCUCCUCAACACUUGCGCCACUAUGCACACUAGCUCAGGGGGAUGGAAGAAGACAAGCUGUGAGCAGCUACCGCUGACUGAAAUUCUGUGUGAAGCUACUGUUUUUAAUCAAAGGAAAUAUUUACUGGGUGAAACAGCAUGGACAACUGCCUUAGUUAUAACUUCGACAGUAAUUGUUUCAGUAGCUGCAGCAAUUCUCUGGUUUCUUUACCAAAGGAGAGUUUCUUCUGGAGCAAGAGAUACAAUACACAGGUCUACCAAUCAAAGUCCAUAUAAUGAUGAAACAAUGCUUAUAGAGGAGGGAAAUGAAUAUACUGCCUAGAUUUUAUUUAUAAAUGUAUAAUUAUCUUGAGAGUAAUAAUGGUAAUUAUUAAUUACUCUAAUAAAUAAUAGAGUAAUAAACCAUGACACUGCUAUUCCACAUGAAACUGUUAAUUAGAAAUCUUAAAUUGUUGAUGUAAUUGCUCUUACCGAUAUAUGAUUUUCUCUCUGUGCAGAUAUCGUACUUUUUCACAAAUUGCACUUCUAUCAUGCAAACGUUCUCAAAUACUCAUCGGGGAAGGUGUAGUUUUUAGU